GCGGGCGAGGCCGGCGGCGGCGGCGGGCCAUGGCGCUCGAGAACAUCAUGGCCAACUCGCUGCUGCUGAAAGCACGCCAAGGAGGAUAUAACAAAAGAAGUGGUCGUAGUAAGAAAUGGAGAGAGAUACUGAAGCUACCCUCCAUCAGCCAAUGCAGUGAGCUCAGGCAUUCCAUUGAGAAGAAUUAUAGUAGCCUUUGUAAUAAGCAGCCAAUAGGAAGACUUCUCUUCAGACAAUUCUGUGAUGCGAAUCCUAAUCUUAAGACGUAUAUUGAAUUUUUGGAUGCAGUGGAAGAAUAUGAGGUUGCUGAUGAUGAGGAUCAAAGAGAUUGUGGAUUAUUGAUCUUAGAUAGAUUUUUCAGUGAUGAGGUAGCAGCUCCUUUACCAAAAAUACCUCCAAAUGUUGUGAGAGAAUGUAGAUCAAGACUGAACCAAAACCAUUCCAAAAAAGUCUUUGAAGAAUGCACUCGAGUUGUCCAUAAAUAUUUAAGUGGAAAACCUUUUCAAGAAUACCAAGAAAGCCCACAUUUUUCUCGAUUUUUACAAUGGAAAUAUUUGGAAAGGCAACCAGUAACAAAGAACACAUUUAGACAUUACAGAGUUCUAGGAAAAGGAGGAUUUGGAGAGGUUUGUGCCUGUCAAGUACGAGCUACAGGAAAAAUGUAUGCCUGUAAAAAGCUAGAAAAAAAAAGGAUAAAGAGGAGAAAAGGUGAAGCGAUGGCUCUAAAUGAGAAAAGAAUCCUAGAAAAAGUACAUAGCAGAUUUGUAGUUAGUUUAGCCUACACUUAUGAAACCAAAGCUGCCUUGUGCUUGGUGCUAACCAUUAUGAAUGGAGGGGAUUUGAAGUUUCACAUUUAUAACGUGGGCAAUCCUGGCUUUGAUGAAGAAAGAGCUGUUUUCUAUGCUGCAGAAGUAUGCUGUGGCUUGGAAGAUUUGCAGAAGGAAAGAAUCGUGUACAGAGACUUAAAACCUGAGAAUAUUCUCCUCGAUGACCUUGGACAUAUCCGGAUUUCAGAUCUUGGUUUAGCUGUGGAGAUUCCAAAAGGCGGGACAGUUCAAGGAAGAGUUGGAACAGUUGGCUACAUGGCUCCUGAAGUUAUCAAAAAUGAGAAGUAUACAUUUAGUCCUGACUGGUGGGGACUUGGCUGUCUGAUAUAUGAAAUGAUUCAGGGACAUUCUCCAUUCAAAAAAUUCAAAGAGAAAGUCAAACGGGAGGAGGUGGAUCGAAGAGUGAAGAUGGAUACCGAAGAGUAUUCUGAGAAGUUUUCAGAGGAUGCUAAAUCUAUCUGCAGGAUGUUACUCACCAAGAAUCCAAGUGAACGACUGGGCUGCAUGGGUGACGGGGCCGCUGGAGUGAAACAGCACCCUGUGUUCAAGAACAUUAACUUCAGCAAGCUAGAAGCAAAUAUGUUAGAUCCCCCUUUCUGUCCUGAUCCUCAUGCAGUUUAUUGUAAGGAUAUCUUAGACAUUGGGCAAUUCUCUGUCGUGAAAGGAGUCUACCUGGAUACCACAGAUGACUACUUCUAUGCUCAGUUUGUUACGGGGUGUGUCUCCAUCCCCUGGCAGAAUGAGAUGAUUGAAUCUGGAUGUUUCGAGGACAUCAAUGAAAGUGAAAAUGAGAAAAAAUUGUCAUUAGGUACAGAAGAGAAAACAUGUCACCUAGCUUCCAGACCAAAGAGAGGCUUCUUCUAUAGAUUCUUCAGAAGGGGCUGCCUGGGCACUGGCAGUAGUGAGAAUGAAGGGGAGCCAACGCGCUGCUGACCGUUCACUGUGCAGAGCCAGAUCCUGAUGCCGGGAAGGAGCAUGUGCCAGUAUCUCAUCCAGUCUAUGUAAUAAAUAUCUGUGACCAUGUAAAA